AUGAGCGGUCCCUGCCUGGGGCUGCGCAGGGCCGGGGUCCUGCUGUCCCUGGGCGCCGCCGCCCUCCUGCUGCUGCUGCUGCCGCGGGGGCAGCGCCCGCCCGUGCCCCGUGCCCCGCCCGCCGCUGGGCCCAGCGCGGCCCCCCCGGACCGGCCGGGCCCUGCAGGCUCUGGCGGGCCCGGCGCGGGCGGCCGUGGCCGAGGCCUCGCGGGCAGCCCGCAGCCUGCGCGGAGGGGCCGCCCCGGCUCUCCUGCGGGCCCUGCCAGGGAGGCGCUGGAGCUGAAGGAUAUCUUCAUCGCGGUGAAGACUACGAGGAAGUACCACAAGAGUCGGCUGGACUUGCUCCUCCAAACCUGGAUCUCCCAGGCGCGGGGACAGACAUUUAUCUUCACAGACUGGGAGGAUCAGGAGCUACGCCUGAAAGCAGGGGAUCAUAUGAUCAACACCAACUGUUCUGCUGUCCAUACUCGGCAAGCUCUCUGCUGCAAGAUGUCUGUGGAAUAUGAUAAAUUCCUGGAAUCGGGGCAAAAAUGGUUUUGCCAUGUGGACGAUGACAACUAUGUGAACCCUCGAACUCUUCUGCAUCUCCUGUCUGCCUUCUCACACAGCCAGGAUGUCUAUGUGGGGCGACCGAGUCUAGACCAUCCCAUCGAAGCAGCUGACCACGUCCAAAGUGAUGGAUCAAAGACAACCGUGAAAUUCUGGUUUGCCACAGGUGGAGCAGGGUUCUGUAUCAGCAGAGGUCUUGCUUUGAAGAUGAGUCCCUGGGCCAGCCUGGGCAACUUCAUUAGUACGGCAGAAAGGGUGCGUCUUCCUGACGACUGCACCAUUGGCUAUAUCAUUGAAGGGCUGCUGGAGGUAAAGCUGCUGCACAGCCCAUUGUUCCAUUCCCACCUGGAAAAUCUGCAGAGACUACAAGGCGAGUCUGUGCUGCAGCAGGUAACCUUGAGUUAUGGGGACCCUGAGAACAAACACAAUGUUGUGAGUGUGGGAGGAGUGUUUGGCCUUCAGCAAGAUCCAACCCGGUUUAAAUCUGUCCAUUGUCUGCUUUAUCCUGACACUAUCUGGUGCCCUGCUAAGAAGAUGUCAUAAUUCUUGACCAGCCACUGACACCUGUAUAUUAUUACCUAGUUUGCAUAAGGCAGGAGUUGUGGUGGACUUUUUUGGUGGUUUUAUUCUUCUUCUGGGAGACAACCAGUGUUAUCUACAGAGGAGAUAGACAGACUAUUUAGAAAAGCAAUAAGGUGUGGUUUGUUCAGCUGCAGCAUGGAACAUUCCAGAAAGAAUCUUUGUUCUUUUCUUUGGUGACUUUUCAUAAGAUGACAACAGUGCUGUGUGUACGAGUCACUUUACACUUUCUUCUGAUGUCAUGUGAACCUGUGCUUGGGCACAUCUGAGGGAAAUGCAGUACUGGGAGUGAGACUGUUCUUACUGCCCUUAGAGGCUUUUAGAAGCCGUUGUCUUGAAGCUGGAGUGCUAGAGCAGUCUGUAGUCCCCAUGGUGACAAGAGAGGGGAAGUUUUUGCUCAUCUUUCUUGGGAACAGAAUUAUUUAAGAGGUUCAUUGGCCUGCCAGAUUAAAACUCCGCCCUUGGGCCAGAAUAGGGUCUGUUCUUAGAUAGAGAAAUCCUGGAAUCACUAGGGUAAACAAGGCUGAAGGCCCUUGUAAUGAGAAAACUGUGCGUAAGGGUAAGCUUACUCAGGACUGGAUAAGAGUUGCUUACAGUGCACGUCCUCCCCUGUUGUCCAUGUGUACCUCCUGUGGAGGUGAUUGUCAGACCUGGCUCGCCUGCCAACUGAACUUCAGUGGCUGAUGAUUAUGAUGGUGGUCUGCCAGGUCCGAGACUAUUCCCUUGAUGUUUGAUACUGAAGAAAUAUUUGCCAGACAAGAUGGUAAUCUUUUUUGCUGCUUUGGCUGUAGUUGGUCGCAUGAGCUGGCACAGCUUGGGCUGCCAAAACACACCCUGUUUCUGAAGCUGUGUGAGGGAGGAGAAAUGCUAGAUAGCUGCAAUGUGCUGCAGGUCUUGAUGGUGUCAUUUGAGAACCUUUAAUUGUAUGACCACAGUUACUCCAGCUUCUUCAGAUAAUCUUCCAAUUAACAUAAGGUCAACAUCAGUGCUUAUUUUUUUUUAUUUAUUCCUUAAUGUUUUGAUAAACAGUUCAUUUAGUCACUUAAAGGAGCACAUUAUGAAUGUGCUCAUUCACACAGAGACAGAAGUUCAGUGCUGUAGCAGUGUCAUCUGCUGCUGCUUUUUAAAGAAAAUAAACAGUUUUGAAAGUGCAAGGAAUGGGGCUCCAUAUGUUUACUUUUCUGUUAGCCCAGACUCUGGCCAUGUGCAAUCCCCACCUGACCUGAAGAAUAGCAUGAAAUAUGACUUUGCGAAACCACUGUUCAUUUUUUCAAACUCUUCAAAAAAUACUUGCUGGUUUAGUGCUAGAGUCUGAGGCUGAAUUAGGGGGAGAAUAAUGGAAUUAUGGUGUGUGAUCUGGAACUAUGAUUGCUGGCUAGAAUGUGGACCUAGUAGAAGUUUCAGAUUUCUAAACAGCUGUGCUCAGCUGUACUGUGGACUUCAGCUACUUAACUUCCUGGCAAAUGCCUGCAGUGUAUUCUAGGAUGCCACUUAGCAAAGGUGUCAGCCUUCUGAGAUACACUGUUUCCUGCAUUCUGCUUUUAAGGCAAAACUUUCAGCAUUUACCUCAGUACAUUGUCUUCUUUGCAUGAUUUUAGUUAGUUCUACUGAGGAGCAAACAAGCUGACUUCUGUUACAGUCCUGCAGUUCAUUUUUAUAUUUCUCCUUCCUGUCAUAUGUCCUAAGGUGACUGUGAGGUAUGGGAAUAAGAGUACUGCAGGGAAUUGGCUCAAAGUCCAGCCAGCACAGUGGAACAGUGACUGUUCCAUAACGGGGUGUCAGUGUUACAGGUGUGCCUGGCACAGAAAACAGGAGGACUCGAGGAACAGUAGGUUCUGCCUCCUUAUUACAUCUUCUGCUAACUAGAACUGAGGCACCCUGUGGUUUAAUGACUGAUCAUUAAUAGCUCUGGAAAUUCCUGGUAUCUCUAUAAUUUUUUAAAAACACUUGGUUUUAACAUCCUGUAGAAGAAAAAUGAAACUUCAUGACCUCUUGAGGCAAUAUGUCUUCGAGCACUGAUUCUGAACUCUUCUGUUGGAGCUUUUCUUCCCCUUCCGCUGGAAGCAGCCUCUUCUAAGAUAACACAGACAGCAUGGACUGGGCAGCAAUUGUAUGGCAAACUGCAGUUAAAAAAUUACAACGGUUCAUAUUGAUGGCACCAAAACUAAGUAGAAGCUUCACAUUGUGCUCACUGGUCAACCUAAAAUAAGUGUGCCAAAGAAGCGGUGCCCUCAAAGUGGGGAGGGUGUUAAAAAGGACCGUGUUCUCCUGCAAGGCAGCAGGGAACUAACGGUUGGGUGUGUUCAGGCUCCUUCCAUGGUUUCCUGUGUUGAGAAUACAGUAAGCUGUGUGGAUCUAUCAGGAUGCAGCUUUUUAAUAAAACUUUUUCAUACAUAAAGUGAUUCUACAAAAAUAAAUAUUUAAAUAUGUCAAA